UAUUAAUUAAAACCGCUGUUAACAAAAAUUACCUGUUCGUUUGCUCUAGACAAGAUCAAAUUCCAUUUAACAAAUGAUAAGAAAAAAUUAAUGGAAACGUAUCCUGUUGAAGGUCGCUUGUAACCUUUAGGGUCAACUGAUACCUCGUUUGUUACUGAUCAGUUCAUAAACGAUCAUCUCUAGAGGAAGUUUGUUUUUGUGAGCUUGUGUGUUGUUACUUCGUGUGCAAUGAUUUUUUAUAAUGAGACAACUUGUUUGUUGCCUUUUGUGAAUAUUUUAAUCGAAGAUCAGUUGGUUGUUUGGAAAAGGUGUUAUAAGUGUUCGCAGUGAUGAACUAUAGUGACUAUUAUGAAAACAUGAAGGACAUACCAGGUGCCAGUGAGACCGUGCAAGACCACAGGAACUUACAUGCGUGGUCUAAUGCUACACAGGACAAACUGCCCAUAAAUAUGCGUUUCAAUGAAGGGCAUCAGUUAUCCAUCAUUGUGUACAGUAUUUUGAUGGUAUUUUCAGCCAUCGCAAACACGACAGUGUUAGUGUUGAUAGUGAAAAGACGUAGAAAGACUCCAUCUAGGAUAAACACGAUGUUAAUGCAUCUCGCUAUUGCAGAUUUACUGGUAACAUUCCUGAUGAUGCCCUUGGAAAUUGGAUGGGCUUCAACGGUGGCUUGGCACGCAGGUGACGUGAUGUGCAGGAUAAUGAUGUUUUUCAGAAUAUUCGGGCUUUACUUAUCCAGCUUUAUCCUUGUAUGCAUCAGUGUCGACCGAUUUUACGCAGUUCUAAAGCCCCUUUACCUCCGUGCACUCGACAGGAGAGACAAAGCAAUGUUAGCAGGCGCUUGGAUCGGUGCUACACUGUGCAGUUUACCACAGAUGGUGGUUUUCCACGUUGAAUCUCAUCCAAACGUCACAUGGUAUAUGCAGUGUGUGACGUAUAACGUGUUUCCAACCCCCGCUCAUGAACUGACAUAUCUGCUGUUUGGUAUGGUAAUGAUGUACGCCUUGCCUUUAGCAGUCAUCAUAUUUUCAUAUGCUGCCAUCCUUAUGGAAAUAUGCCGCAGAACGAGGAAUCCUUAUGGAGCUGACGGCGUGACGAGAUCAAGUUUGGGUUUUUUGGGAAAAGCCAAAGUCCGCACCUUGAAAAUGACCAUCAUUAUCGUCUUAGUUUUCUUCGUAUGUUGGACUCCUUAUUACGUCAUGUGUGUAUGGUACUGGCUGGACAAAACAUCGGCGCUGAAAGUGGACCAGAGAGUACAAAGAGGACUGUUCUUGUUCGCUUGUACAAAUUCUUGCAUGAAUCCGGUGGUUUAUGGAGUUUUUAAUAUCCGGGCGCGAAGAACAGGGAGAAAGGUGAGCCCCAGAACGAGUACAAUAACUGUUAAAACUUCUUGUCUUCCAACAUCUGCAAAUGACACACGUUUAGCGCCACUUGAAAUUUCAUUAAAAAAUCUUGAGUAGUGGUAAUAUGAUAUUAAAGUGUACGUUAUCGUAGAGUGUAAAAUGUUAUUUUAUUACUGUUUCUUUUACAUUUUUGUUGAGCUUUUGUUUGUUGCUUUUGUGUUUUGAUAAAUAUAUAAUUUUAACCAA